CUGGAAUUUUCUUGUCUCAUUUCGUCUGUCCAGGUUCAUUUCAAGAAAAUUAUUUCGAGACGCAGGAGUCUACUAGGAUAACACUGUCUUUAGUGUCUUAAUUAUAGUAUUAAAUUGGAAAAUACAUUAUAAAUUUUUGUCUGUAGAGUGUAGAAUUAUUCACACACCAAACAUAAUGGAUCACAAGUAUGAUGAUUGCAGCAGUGACGAUGAAGUUGACUACUGCUUUAGCCAUCACUACAGUAGUGCCAGUGACAGUGAGGAUGAUCACCAAAAUAAUGAAAUUCUACAAAUGGUCCUUCAGCAACAUGAAGAAAGAAAGAAGAAAGUCUCCAAAUGUGGUUCAAAGGAGUUCCAGUCUGACCCAUUUGAAGAAGAGAUGGCAUGUGAACUAAACAAUGCAAUGAUUGCCAUGAGUUCAUUUGGCGCCUCAAACUCCAGAGAUCAUGGACAUGAGUCUUCCUCAGGCAUCUCUGCUCAAAAAAAUGGUGAGAGCAGCAGUCAUACCACAAGUGGACAGCCAGCAGAACAAUAUGAUACUGUUUACUUUGACUCAGAUGAUGAUGAGAACAAUGCUGACGUGCAGCAGCGCCGCAAGACUGUCUCUGAUGCUGACUUGCUUUAUGAUCCCACCCUCGAUGACCAAGACCAACUGUGGAUGGACCAACACCGACGGAGUUGUUUUUCUGCCAAAACCAAGACAAAGCGUGGAGUGCAGCCACCAGGAAAAAUGAAUAAGGAAGAAUCGGCUCUGCCAGAGUCCGAUGCUGUGCUGAAUUGUCCUGGCUGCCUCACCAUGCUCUGCACCGACUGUCAGAGGCACACGACCUUCAGCAACCAGUACCGCGCCAUGUUUGUUUUCAACUGCCGGGUUGACUGCUCACAAAGGCUCAAGUUCCCCACCAAGAUCACCAAAAGCGAACAGAAGAAGAAUAAGAAAAAGGAGCGGCAACUGAGAAAAAUGAUGAAACGCCAAAGCGUCCAAGCUUUUGAGGAGGUAACAGCCAGUGAUGAUCUACCACGUCCGGUUCAAAGAGAAGAAUACUUGAAUUUGAAAGAUGAUGCAUCGAGUAAAGAAGUUCAAGAUUGUAAUGAUGCGGGCAAAAGUAGUGAGAAUGAAAUAAUUGAUAAUAAAAGUGAUGGGGAAAUACCAAUUGGCGAUACCGGGAAAUCUGAUCAAGCAGAAACUGUCGGGAAGAUAGAUCAAAUUUCGUCAAUGGAGUUAGAUGAAGAUGUUCUGCAGAUCAAGGAUAGAUGUCGUGAACAAUCAACUGAACUUCAACGUGUUGGUAAGACGGAAAAUUAUUCGCCGAAAGUGAACAGUGGCGUCAAAUACAAUGGUGAUGUGAUAGCCUCGCCAGCUGAUAGAACUUCUACCACAACGAAGUCGAUCACAACAGAAAUUAAGGUUUCUUCAGAGAAAUUAUCAACGAAUCCUGACGCUGUUUGUGGCACACCAGGUAUUCCAGGACCACAAAAAAGGAAUUCGCUCAACUCGGUUGGACCUUCUAAAAAAGUUAGAUUCGGUCACACAACUGAGAAAGAAUCAACUCUUUGUUUCCCUUCUGCUGCUCUUCUCCAGUCGUCCACUGAAGAAUUGUUCCACCCAGUCAUGUGUCGACACUGCAAUACUAAAGUUGCUGUGUUUGACAAAGAUGAAAUUUAUCAUUUCUUCAACGUGAUUACUAGUUAUUGAGAAGUAGGUUUAAUAAAAGCUUGAUAUAUUA